GGGCGCUUCUUCAUAUGUGAAGCGCGUGAUGCAUAAAGCGGGGAAAAUGGAAUACGCGGCCAAAUUCAUCUCGGCACGCGCCAAGAAGAAGCCCUCAGCCCUCCGCGAGAUGACCCUGCUGUCGGAGCUGGACCACGAGAGGAUCCUCUAUUUCCACGACGCCUUCGAGACCAAGAAUGCUGUCAUUAUCAUCACAGAGAUGUGUCACGAGGAGCUUCUGGAGAGGAUGACGAAAAGAUCUGUAGUGAUGGAGUCGGACAUCCGUUCCAGCAUCAGACAGCUGCUGGAGGGAGUGGGCUAUCUUCACGAACACAACAUCAUGCAUCUGGAUAUCAAGCCUGACAACAUUCUGAUGGCUGAUACCACGACUGAUCAGAUUCGCAUAUGUGAUUUUGGGAAUGCGAUGAAACUCACACCUGGCGAGGAUCAGUACUGCAAAUAUGGCACUCCAGAAUUUGUCGCUCCAGAAGUUGUGAACCAGACACCUGUCUCUAAGGCAACUGACAUCUGGCCAAUUGGGGUCCUGACCUAUCUAUGCCUCACUGGCGUGUCCCCCUUCGCUGGGGAGAAUGACCGGAGCUCUGUCCUCAACAUCAGGAACUAUAAUGUGGCUUUUGAAGAGAGCAUGUUUGCUGAUCUCUGCCCGGAAGCCAAGGGAUUUGUUAUCAAACUGUUGGUGGCUGAUAAAGUGAGGCCUGAUACCAGUGAAUGUCUUCGUCAUCCUUGGUUCAAGAUUCUAAACAAAGGAAAGUCAAUUAGCACCGAAUCCCUCAAGAAGUUCUCGUCCCGAAGAAAAUGGCAGCGAUCUCUUAUCAGCUAUAAGUCUAAGAUGGUGAUGAGAUCCAUCCCAGAGUUGCUGGAUGACUCCUCAAGUCACGUGUCCAUCGCAGUCCCAAAGCACCUCAGAGAAGGCUCCCCUCCUCCUUCCUCCUCCUCAGACUCGGACGAGGACAUUGAAGAGCUGCCUUUCAUCCCCAUGCCUUUGAACUUGGGCUUCUCGGGCUCCAGAGUCUCCCUGACGGAAAUCCCAGCCGAGGACGAGGCAGUGAGAAAGGCCAAUGGCUCUGUUGAGGCGGCUGUAUCAGCUAGCCAGGGACAGGAGCCAAUGGAGUGUGAGCCAACCAAAAAGGACAAGGAGGGUGAGGAUGCAGCCGGAAGAGGACGAGCAAAGAAGAGGUCAACUCAGGACGAGGGGAAAGGGUCGUCAGACGAGGAAUCAGGAGAGGUACCCCCGAGGGUGGACCACCCCAAGAGGCCCCUGCGCAGGGGCUCCAGCAUGGACUCGGACAAGCCCGAGGGGGCCAGCCGCAAGAGGGGCGAGCUGCGCCGGGGCGGCUCAGCUGACAGCGCCCUGACGCUCCGCAUCAGUCCAGAAGAUGGCGCCAGAGAGGGGGGCGGCGAGGACGGCAGGCGGGUCCUCAAGAAGGCCGUGUCCAUGGAGCUGCCGCGGAGGAGCCCUAGUCCCGGGGCCGGGGUGAUGAGCCAGGAGGACUACGCCCUGAAGCUGGAGCUCAUGCGGCAGCGGCUGCUCCGGGGCGGCAUGGUGGACAACAAGAUGAGCGGCCUGCGCGGGCCGCUGAUCGACACCCUGGGGAUAGGCGACGACCGGCGCUACACCCGCCGCGUGGGCGCCCCUCCACUCGUCAGAGCCGCGUCCAGCGAGUCCCCCCGGGAGGAUGUCCCCAAGACCAAGGUGCUCCGCAAGAGCGCCUCCUUCAGCCAGGGCGACGACGUCGAGCCUAUGCCGCUGCACCGGCGCAUGGGGGCCCCGCUGGAGAUCCCGCUGGCUCAGAUUGAGGAGCGCCGGCUGCAGGAGGCCGAGUCCAUGUCUUGCCUCGCCGAGCCUCGGCCCAUCACCCCUAAACCCUCCACACCGGUACCAGAGCGUCAGGAAUCGCCAAGCAGGAAGGAGAAUAGCGAACCUGAGAGGAAGGGGAGCAAGCUGGAACAGAUGAUCGAGAGGAUGGAGACUAAGAUGGAAGAGAGGACUGAGAAGAUGGAGACUAAGCAGGAGGAGGAAACGGCCAUGGAAACAGAAGUGGUGACCACAACGGAGGCUGGAAGUGAUAAGAGACCUGGAGAUGCGGGUGACUCAAGAGUAGCGGAAACAGUAGAGGUCGUUCCGAGGGUGAUCCAAAAGGCCUCCACACCUAGUAUGAUCCAAAGAAGUGUGAUAAAGGAAAAAAUUGAAGAGGUAGAUGAGGAGGAAGAAGAGGAUAAAGAUGAAGGGACAGUGUAUGGGACCGGGAUUGAUAUUAUAAGAAAGGAUGAAGAGGACGUGCACCCGCCAGUUAGAUCACCAGAUAUCCCUGGACUCUCCACCCCUGUCAUGGUGGCACCAACACCCCCGACAGCCCAGACUUCAGUCGUCUCAACCUACAUGACGCCGUCUCCAAGUCGGGUGGUACUCCCGGACGGCAGAAUGUCGGCUUAUGCCAGCAUAAUGCAGACUAUUGCUGCACCAGCCGCCCCACCAGCCAGCGGUUCAGGCAGAACCGCUGCUGCACCAGGCCCUACCCAAUACCCCCCAUCAGUGCCUGUCUACACACCCGUGUUCCCUGAACCAACACCGGCGUUUGCUGAGACUUCUAUUGUCCAAACCCGGGAGCACCCGGCUGUCUUCUCCAGGGUCGCGUCCCCGGAGCUUUCUGCCAUGGAGCCGAGUCCGCCAAAGACACCCACGCCUCGCUGCUCUCCCAUGAGGGAGACCCCGACGCCGGGCGGAGGCAACUUCAAGGACAUUGCGUCCGAGGAAGUCUUUGAGGCUCGCUUCAAGAAGCGUGAGUCAUCCUUGACCCGUAGCCUCAAAAAGCUCUCCUGGCAGAAGCCCGAGGAGAAGCCGGUCGCGGUGCCUGCCGAGGACGCAGAUGAGCAGGUCUACCGCCCUGGAGAUGUUGGGGCUCCGCUCGAGCUCGUGCCCAAGAGGCUGGAGGAGAAGUCCAAGUCGGUCCAGGAUCUCCGCGAGGCCCAGAAGGACCCGGGCUUCAUGAGGAGGCUGUCCAUGCGCCUGAGGAGGACACCGUCUGAGGAGCGCAAGGAAAAGGAGGAGAAGGCCAAGGAGGACGAGCACGUCUCGAGGCGCAGGCUCUCCUGGGCCCUGGGUCGCCGCGGCUCUCAGGAGAAGAAGGAGGUGGAGAUGGUGAGGAUGGAUGGCGGGGUGGAGACCCCGGCAGAGCAAGAGAGCAAGAAGUCCGCCGAGUCUCCGGUCCUGGCCAUGCGCAAGAAGAUCGGCUCCACCGUGGCCGGCAUAUCCAUGCGGAUCCGCAGCUACUCGGAGGAGAGGAAGACUAGGACCCAGGAGGAGGAGGGCAGCGUGACCAGGAGGCCUUUCCUGUCACUCCUGCGCCGUACCUCCACUGGGGCCUCCUCUGAGUCGCUGGAGUCCAUGUCCAGCGUUCAGUCCGACGCCACAGCCAAGGCGGCUGCUGAGACUGACCGGAGGUCCAGGUGGGACAGAUGGGGCUUGAGCAGAAGCAAGAGGGACAAGACGGUCUCCCAGCCUGACAUCCCGACCGCCAUCGCCAGGGAGAACGGCUCGCUCUCGCGCUCCCGCCAGUAUUCUCGGCUGACCUCAGAUUUCCCUCCUGUGUUCCACAUCAAGCUGAGGGACCAUGUCCUCCUAGAGGGAGAUCCAGUUACUCUGAGCUGCCUUCCUGCUGGCAGCCCCCACCCACACAUCCAGUGGAGGAAAGAUAAGAAGCCGCUGGAGAUCGACGCGCGGAUGAACAUGAUCUCCUGUCCCGACGGGAGGCAGCUGCUGAUGAUCAUGAAGACCACCAAGAAGGACGCGGGGCUGUACGAGUGCGUGGCCACCAACCCACUGGCCUCCGUCACCAGCUCCUGCACCCUCUCCCUCGCCCGUCUUCCCAACCGCCCGGGGACCCCUGAGAUUCCGCAGCGCUACAAGAACACGGCUCUGGUGGUGUGGAGACCCUCGGACACUAUGGCUCCCUGCACCUACUCCCUGGAGAGGAAACCAGAGGGUGAGGCCAACUGGCUCAUGGUGGCCACUGGUGUGGCAGACUGCUACUUCAAUGUCACUGACCUGCCCGCCUCUGGUGCCACCCGGUUCAGAGUGGCCUGUGUGAACAAAGCUGGACAGGGACCCUACAGCAACCUCUCAGAGAAGGUGGUCCUGGACUCUGCAGAAACUCCAAAAUCCACUGGAGCUGUUGUGGUGAAGACCGUCCCUUCAGCACCAACGGUGGUCACGUCUUCCAUGACUGUGCCCCUGAAACCUGCCACCACCAAACCUGCGGGUCCCUCCUCCACCGCUCCUACCCAGCCUGUUUCUCCCUCGGCUCCAGCCCAGCCCAGCAAGCCCACUGCUCCUGUGCAGGCGGUCGCCGCUCCCACCUCCACGCCAUCCCCCACCCCCGCCCUGGCCCCAGCAUCUGGCAAAGCCACGACCACAACCACGACCACGACUGCCAAAGCUAAGAGCACCCUGAACAUCACCAUGGCCAAGCCCGCGCCCCCCAGCACCCAACCGCAGGCAACAGUGUCAGCUGUUACCAAACCGCAAGCGACAGCCGUCACCAAAUCACAAGCGACAGCCGUCACCAAAUCACAAGCCCCAGCCGUCACCAAAUCGCAAGCUGUCACCAAACCUUCGCCCCCUGUGAUCCUUCCCAAGCCACAGAGUCCGAUCAACGUGGUACCCCCCAUGACCAAAGUUCCCCCUGUCUCCCCACCACCACUGGUCUCAGCCCCGCAGGCCAUUGGAAAGCCGAUCUCGACGGUGCCGAUGUACACCUCUGCCGCCGGCACCACCUCACCCGCACAGGGGGCCCCCACCACCCUCUCCACUGCCCUCUCGCCCCCUGUUGUGUUGGUGACCAGCCUGACCCCAGUUGUGGAAGGCACCCAGGGCCGUAUGACGCCCAGCGGACGGAUGACACCUUCAGGUCGGGCCACCCCUUCAAGUCUCAGGGUGCCCUCCGGAAAGCCUGGAGAGUCCAUGUUGCGCCAGGGGGUGCCGCAGAAACCAUACACCUUCAUGGAUGAGAAGGCCAGGGGUAGGUUUGGCGUGAUCAGAGAGUGCCGGGAGAACGCCACUGGCAACCUCUUCAUGGCCAAAAUUGUGCCGUACGAGCCAGAGAACAAGAAGUCUGUGCUCCAGGAGUACGACAUCCUCAAGUCCCUCCACCACGACAAGAUCAUGGCCCUGCACGAGGCCUACGUCACGCCGCGCUACCUGGUCCUCAUCUCCGAGUGUUGUGUGGGGAAGGAGAUCCUCCACAGCCUCAUCGACAGGUUCCGCUACUCUGAAGACGAUGUGGUGGCCUAUGUCGUCCAGAUACUGCAGGGUCUCGACUACCUUCAUAAUCGGCGAAUCCUGCACCUGGACAUCAAGCCAGACAAUAUCAUCGUGACGCACAUGAACGUGGUGAAGAUCAUUGACUUUGGCUCUGCUCAGACCUUCAACCCCCUCUUCCUGAAACAGUUCAACCCACCACUGGGAACCCUGGACUACAUGUCUCCUGAGAUGCUGAAAGGGGAUGUGGUGGGGCCGCCAGCUGACAUCUGGAGUGUAGGCGUCCUAACCUACAUCAUGCUCAGUGGGAAGUUGCCUUUUACGGACGACAUGCCGAUUGAUCAGGCCGAGACAGAAGCCAGGAUCCUGGCCGCUAAGUUUGACCUCGGCAAGCUCUACCAGAAUGUUUCUCAAAGUGCCUCUCUGUUCCUCAAGAAGAUUCUGUGCAGCUACCCUUGGGCCCGACCCACGAUCAAGGACUGCUACAACAACGCCUGGCUGCAGGAUGCCUAUCUGAUGCGUCUGCGGCGACAGACCCUCACCUUCACCACCACGCGCCUCAAGGAGCUCCUGGUCCAGCAACAGCAGCUCCGCACCGGCGCGGCCACCAAGCACAAGGUCCUCCUGCGCUCCUACCAGAGCUCGCCCACCACCCCCACUACGCCCACUACUCCCGUCACCCAGUGACCUCCUCCAACUUAUCUGCACAGAAGGAGGGACUCGGGGGCCACAAGAAAGAAGCCUGCCAGGGUCCCCUCAAAGGAGGCUGGCUGGGCCGAGAGGCACCCCAGGGCCCCUUCUCUCUCUCCCAGGGGGGAGGACAGUCCUGGUAGAGCCUGGAUGGGCCACCUGUUUAUGUAAUAAUGUAAGCACACCAGGCUUGAGGGCGCCAGGCUCCAAGUACCCAGCUCCUGCUCACUCCACCACCGAGAGGUCCACUCCUAGGUGAGACCCUGAAAGCAACACUGAACACUGAGAACUCAGCAUCUCACACAACCGGACAGUAAUAACGCACCGGCUCUCAAUGUCUUUUUUUAUCUCUUUUGGCGGUUGGCAGCAUGCUCAGUGGUUUAGUGUUCAUUGUCUUGGAUCUUUGUCCUUGACCCUAACCCCUGCCUCCUUCCUUCUCCCUGGUUCUCUUGACAUUCUUCUAUUCACUCAACUUUUUUGACAAAGCUUUACUAACUGUUCACAGUUGAUGUGUCCUUCUUUGAGGGAUUUCUGGACCUAUCAAGGUAGAGCCCAGUAACAGUAUUUUCUCACAAACUCAUUUAUCAAAAGAAAAACACUAAUAAGUAGAUGACUAUUUGCAAGAAAAUCAAAAGCAUAAGAAAAUGUGUCAAUGUGUAAUUCUGUUUUGUCCCCUUAGGUUGAGCGGGGGCCUUGCAAUUUGUGAAGAAUAUGGUGUAUGUCUUUUUUUCUGAUAGUUUUUAUGACCUUAAGAUACUCUUUUAUUACAAGUAAUUGUCAUAGCAGUGACAUAUCUAAAUACUGAAUGUUGACUUACGAUGAACGGGCACUCUAAAUUCUCGCAGUUGUGUAAGGGGACAUUUGGCCGUUAAGAUCUCUUAAAUACAGUGUACUGCUAGAGACUAAAAUUAGUCAAAAUGAUGUCAAGACAUUUGUUCGUCAUCACAUCUUACAUAAAAGGUUGCUGAAAGUUAAAUGAAAAUCACCGAAACAUUCUUUUCUUUGCUAAAUGCUUCAUAAAACUGAUUAAAAAAAUCUGAUGAAUGAACAUUUUAUGUGCUAAUGAAAACGAUGUUGUUGUCUUUUACAUAACGAUGUUAGUGGAGCUAACUCACUGUUCUUGAAAAAAAUUAAAACAUUUCGGUAAAUUGAUUUAGCCAAAAAAAAUUGGAAAUGAGAAAUAUCUCAAUUAUUUUAUUUUUUUUAUGUUUGGAGGUAUUGUCGUAUAAGAUAUUAGCAGUCCUGUCUCUGAAUGGUUGCCCACAGUCUUGAGCCUGCCUGAGUUGCUGUGUUGAUGCUGACUCACAGGCGAACCUCAUGUGACUUGUAGUGUGUUGAAUCUACACACAAAUAAUUUUGCUGACAGUGUGUGUAUGUAGAAAUUGUUGCCUGGACAUUGACCACACACAGUGUUUGCAAAAGUCAGCGUUGUGGUUAAAUGGGUUUUUUUGUCUGUAGCCCACAGGUGCAAGACACCCAUUUAAUUUCACAUUUUUAAACAUUGACACAUUUCAUAUAAACAUGUUCAUGUCACAACAGCUGUUUUGUUGAAUGUCAUUUCAAAGCCCUUUCAUGGACUUCAAAUAUAAACAGGAUGUCCUCUCUUGACUGUGCACACAUUGUCCUGCUGUUAAGAAAAGAGACAGCAAAUAUUGCAUCUUUUUUCAUGUUAUUCUUUUCCUGUUAUGCUUGCACUUUUAUCUUAAUCAUAGCUUAACAUAGUAAUAUAAUUUAAUUUAAAUAUAUUGUACAUUUGUUCAUUAAAUCUAAACCAUGCCAGCAAAUGUUUAAUUGCACCUGUUGAAUUGCAAGUGUUUCUGGCAUCCUGACAGAGUUCUCAUAGUUACUUACACAAUUUGCAAGUUCUCAGAAUUCUUAAACAUAUUUUACAUUGUGAAAUUGAUGUCUUUGGAAAUUGUUCAAUCCAAAAUGUCAUGAAGCAGUAAAUAAUACUUUUCAUGUGUAAUUCACCAGAAUUUUUAAGAAUGAAUUUAAACCUUGGGAUUAUUUCAUUUUAGUAUUAUUUAUGUGUAGGUUCAGUGAGUAUGUUAACAUUACAAUUUUAUGAAUCAACACAUUUUUUCUGUAAAGUGAAUGAAAGUCAAUCCCAAAUAGAUGUAAUUGAUAUCUCGGCCCACUAAAGUGUCCCUUUACUGAAGCGAACAUUUCAAAACAAUCUAUUUCCAUCCCACUGAAUUCUGAUACCAAUGAAGUUGUCCGUGUUACAGAGAGAAAAUAUAUAAUAAUAUAUUUUCAAAAUAAAAAAAAUUUCAAGUCACAGCUUUGAAACUAUAAGGAUAUUUGGCAAAAUUAGGAGUGUUAUCAGUUGAGAAAACAUUGUGGUUAGGUUAUCCAAUCAGACCAUGAUGGGAUAAAAACAAGACAAGACUACAAAGAAGACCAGAUUAAUAUUCUUUAAUAUUCUCACUAAUAUUAUUUUUCUAUUACAACGUUUGAUAGGCAUUGACUCCAUCCCCUUUAAGAGUUUCUUGUGCAAUGACCAGGAGAGUGCACUGAAACAUUUCUAUCCUUCAUCCCAUCCUUAGACUGAAGCUAAAGCAGUUUGUGUGAUACCAAAGCUGUUCAUAUUGAAUUCCCUGUAAUGCAGCAAUGUUCUGAUACAGUAUACUGCGAUGUCCAGACGGUGAACGCAAAUUACAAGCACACCGUCACACAUUUUAGUUUCAGUACAUUUUUUCAUGACUUGUAAUUUAUUGAAUGAGACAAGCAAAUGGGUGUAAAGUUAUAUCUAACUAAUAGCUAGAAUUCUCUGAAGUGAACAGUAUGGCUGAUGAAACAAUAAAUAAAAUAAUUUAUCACUCAAAUGCCCAAUCAAGAGUUUGUGGUUGUGAAUAUGGUUUUGUAUUAUUUAUUUUUGUGUGUGAUUUUUUUUGUUCCUUUAUCAUGCUAAACAACCCCUUUAAUGUGAAUCUGAAUAAAGCUUUUAUUUCUGGAUUGCA